AUGGAGUUGGAACAUAGAGCUUAUUGGGCCAUCAAGACACUUAAUUUUGAUCUCAAGAAAGCUGGAGAUGCAAGAAAACUUCAAUUGAAUGAGUUGGAGGAAAUUCGGAAUGACGCUUACGAGAAUGCAAAGAUUUACAAGGAGAGGACUAAGCGUUACCAUGACAAGACCAUUCAAAGAAAAGAGUUCGUAGUAGGUAUGAAAGUUUUACUUUAUAAUUCCCGUUUGACUCUCUUUCCCGGAAAAUUAAAGUCAAGAUGGACUGGCCCUUUUCGAGUACAUAAAGUCUUUCCUCAUGGAGCAGUUGAGAUUGAGAAUUUAAGCAAUGGAUCGAUAUUCAAGGUUUGGGGGUGUGAAGUUCCUUGUCCUGCAUGUGCACUAUUUUCACUGCCAGUUUUCGAUCAGUUGCAAGAUGAUUUUUGA